AUGACGACCGACAGAAAUGCUAAGACAAAAUUAAUCAUUUACGCCGGGGGUAUAUUUGUCUGUUAUUUUUAUUUCGCCGUGCUCCAGGAAAAGAUAACCAGAGGACAAUACGGCGAUGGCGAGAAUAAGGAAAAAUUUACAUACACGUUUGUCCUCGUCUUUAUCCAGUGCCUCAUUAAUUACUGUUUUGCCAAGGUGAUGCUUGCCGUGUUAAAUCAAGGAGAGGACACUACGAGCACUUUCUACUAUGCCAGUUCCGCUCUCGCUUAUAUCCUUGCAAUGGUGUGUAGUAUUAUGGCCCUCCAGUUUGUCAACUAUCCGACUCAGGUUGUCGGAAAGGCUGGAAAACCGAUUCCUGUAAUGGUGCUCGGUGUUUUGAUUGGAAAAAAGGUGUAUCCCGCUAGGAAGUAUGUAUUUAUCAUACUUAUUGUGACCGGUGUCAUAUUAUUCAUGUUUAAAGAUAACAAACCAACUGUCAAGCAAACGGAUGAUCAAGUAGGCUUUGGUGAAUGUUUACUUAUUCUUUCACUGUUGAUGGAUGGAAUAACUUGUGCAAUACAGGACAGAAUGAGAGCAGAGUAUAAAACGAAAUCUGGACACAUGAUGAUUAACAUGAAUAUGUGGUCGGUUUUGUUCACUGGUGUGGCAAUUAUUGUCUCCGGAGAACUCUUAGCAUUUAUACAGUUUUUGCAACGACAUCCAAACUGCUUAUGGCAUAUAUUAUCAUUUUCCAUAGCUGGAGCAUUGGGACAACAUUUUAUAUUUUUAACUAUAGCAGAAUUUGGGCCAUUGACGUGCGCGGUUGUAACGACUACUAGGAAAUUUUUUACCGUCUUAGGAUCCGUGUUAUUAUUCGGAAAUACUUUAUUACCUAGGCAGUGGAUAGGUACAGUCAUAGUAUUUACAGGAUUAGCGUUAGAUGCACUAUAUGGGAAAACUGCGAGUACGAAGAAAGGAACAAUUAAGUAAACUAAAGGUGUAUACUUUUGGUAUGUACAUUUGUAACGUACAGUACUAGCAUUCCACUGUUGUAAAGCAACAGACUUGACAUUUUAGAAAAUUGUAAUAUACGAGUGGUUGGAAACAAUGUAAGGCAUGUGCUUAAUACAAUUCCAAAUGAUACUUUGCAAUGAAA